UUUGUAAACAUUUCUAAAAACAUAAUUCCCCUUUCACAUUAUGGGGUAUUGUGUGGAGGCCAUUGAAAAAACAUCUAAAUUUAAUCKAUUUUAAAUUCAGGCUGUAACACAACAAAAUGUGGAAAAAGUAAAGUGGUGUGAAUUAUUUCCGAAGGCCCUGUAUACAAGUGACAGAGACUGUGGUGCUAGCUGUAUAUCUGUUGGUUCUAGAUUACCCACAUCUUUCUCUAAUGUCCUCUGCUAGUGGUUUCAUUCCCACAGGAAGCCAGUGUGGAUCCGUGACGUUUCCUUUCCGCACUACAUAUACAGCCUUGCCUCUGUUGUCAUGCAGAGCCAAUAGGGGUUUAGGUUUCAGUCUAUUGACUGUAUGACAGACGGUAGGCCUGGCUGGUCGUAUAAUAUAGGCCAGUCAGUGACUGAUACAACCAGUCGGUCUCCUAGUAAUGUAGGUUUUCUUUUCCUGGUUCAAAAAGGGGCGUAGGUGGUGGGCGUGGCCGGGGUCGGCCCGUCGGCACGGCUGGAUUUUAGUGAACUUUUCAGUGGCCCCAAUCUUGCCGGUGUGGAGAAUUUCCUGCAAUAUCCAAUUUCCUGCAAUUGUACAAAUUUCUCCAUGGAGCUGAGAGAAAAUGUAGCAGUUUUAAAGAAGAUUUCCUGCUAUUCUAUGCCUUUUGCUGUGGCUAAUGCUGUGUUCUAUCGCUCAAACAUAAUGACAAAAUCAAUUCUCCCUGACUGUCUAGCUUUUAUUUUGGUUAUUGUUAGUUUUCAAAGGUUAUAUUAUAAGAAAAUAUAUAGGUCAUUUUUUUCAUACAUACUUUAUCUUCAUUUAGUCGUUUCAGUUUAUACUGAAAGCAUUUAUUUUUACACUGUUUGGAUUUAGGUGGCCAGAAAAAACGCUCAAGGAUUUCAAUGGCAGAAAAAUCCCUGUAAUGCCUCCAAUCUCCGCCCCUCUGGCUGAUGACAUGUAUUCAAUGUUAUUUCAAUGUUGAUUCAAUGUUUCCUCCCUAACCAGACCACCCUGACCCUAAAAAGGCAGUGUUUCUCAACAGUAGUUCUACGGUUGCGUAUGGUUUCUAGCCCAAUACAAGAACACCUGAUUCUACUCUAUUCCUAAUCACCGAACCCCUUCAUUAGUUAAACAAGGUGUGCUUGUGUUGGGCUGAAACGAAACGGUGCAGUCUUGGUGUUACCCAGCAAGGUUGCAAAGUUCUGGUAACUUUCCCCCAAAUUCCUAGGUUUUCCCAGAAGUCCCAGUUGGCCCGUAAUCAGUAGGGGAUACGCAGGAAAUCAGGAAUCCUUUUCUGGAAAACUUGGGAAAUUUGGGGGAAAGUUACUGGAAUUUGGCAACCCUAGAAACACUGCUGUCCAGUUGUCCUGUUAUAGUUUCUUCCUCAUCUGGUGGUGUUUUUUGUUGUUCACUUUUCACUCUACUGUUGACUCAACUGAUGCAGUGAGAAAGGCUCAUAGGACUCAGUUUGCAGUUACACUCUAGCAGGCCAAAUGUAAUUGAAUGCAGAGUGGAGAUUUUGGCUGGCGAUUUUAGGAUUGACUGUGGAAUGGCUCGGUAAUCUACUCUAAGCCCUUAUCAGAGACACAGGUUAUAUUUGAGCUGCUGCACUCUUGUGCAAUCUGUCACACUGCCAUGCGUGUGCGUGUGCGUGCGAGGCGGAGGGAGAGGCAGGGGUCAAUUGAGAAUGGCUAGCUUGUGUUUCCUACUCCCUGAAACCGAGAUUAUGUUACUGCCAUGGAAGAGUUGGGAGAAUGUUAGGAGGACUGCCCCCCCCCCCCGUCGAUACCUGUAACCCUACCCUGUCAGGACCACUCUCCAGUGUCUCUCUAGAGUGGUGUGUGUGUGUUUUAUGUCACCUGUUUAGUUUGUUUGUGCUGCAACCAUUCACCACUACAGUGAGUUAGUACUGUUUUUCGUCUGACUACUUCAUCCCAAAAGAUGUUUCCCCAUGGUUAAAACCUCACUUUCCCAGCCCGCCCCUCCACGGUGGAGCCAACCAAUCUAGCUAGAAGGCUGGUACCCCCCCACCCCUAUUCGCUGAACUCUGUUCCCUCUCUUGUUCCUAUUGGUGGGCUGCCUCGCUGGGACCCUGCGAGUGUGCGAGGUCGUCCAAAUGAAACCCAAGUGCACCGUCCACUCAUAAAUAGGCCAACCACAUGGGCAUGCGCUCGUACAUUUACAACCGGAGCACUGUGAUUGACUCGCAGGCGGAGCACGGCGGCAUGCGGACGUACUUCUUCAGCGCCGACACGCAGGAGGACGUGAACGGCUGGGUGAAGGCCAUGAACCAGGCGGCGCUGAUGCAGAACCAAACCGACAGCCUCAAGAGGCCGUCGGAAACAUCGGAGAAAUCGGAAAUGCCCAACACGUCAGAACGCAAGGGGGUCCCCCAAACCAACCACGUCAACAACUACACAAAGACCUCACGCGAACCCCGAGCCGACCUCCAUCUCCAUAGCGAUGGAGUGGUCCUCGAACCUGCCGAUAUCCGAGAAACCGAGGAGCGCCGUAGCUUCCGGAACGACACACUCAAUCCCAUCACUUCCAAGAUUCCUUCCCUCGGCGGCGGAAGCGUGGAAAUUGAAAUGGACGCCGUCCCUCCUAGCAGUCUCCCUCCCCUUCCCUCCCUACCUCCAGACUCCGCCUCCGCACCCACAUCCGCGCCCCCCUCCAGGGCGCCAUCACGUGCCCCGUCGCGCGGCGCCUUCACCCUGCCCCCCGGGGCCUGUCUGAGGAACGGAACACCCACUCCAGAACCCAACGGGAUGGGGACGGGGACGUACCAGAGGGCCACGCUGGCCCCACAGGUGGUUGACACUCAAAGGAAGGUGCAGAGGAGGAGCGCCCUGGAGCAGGUGGAGCACUGGGUCAAGGUGCAGAAGGCCGAGCACAAAGGCCCCCCCUCGAGAGGGGGCACCCUCCCCCGUCACAGCCCCCCGACUCAGCCCAAGUUCAUCGGCCUGGAGGCCUACCAGACGCUGCCAAAGACCCCUCGCCGCAGCCCCCCCACCGCCGCGCGCCAAGGGGAGUACAAAUACGCACAGGACCGCCUCAGCCACUUCCGACUCGGACCCUCAGACCCCCAGGGUACCUGCGCCAGGGACGGGGGUGGCAUCGGUGGGCCUGGCACCGUGUGGCAGCUCUACGAGUGGCAGCAGCGCCACCAGUUCCGCCACGGCAGUCCCACCGCCCCCCUCUACACACCUGCCCCGGACUACCCCUUCGGGCCCAGGCCCCCCUCCACGGUGCCCCCCUCGGCCCAGCGACCCAGUUCUGAGGUUCCCCGCUGUGUGUCGGUGCCCCCAGACCCCUCCGACAUCCUCCCACCGGGCCCCCAGAGCUCCAGGGCCCUGUCCCCCCCACGGAGGCCCCACACACCCGUUAAUCGGGUGGUGGUAAUGCCCCGGGGGGAGAGAGAUGCACUGGACGUGCCGGUGGCUGGGUCCCCCCGAAGAGCCAAGUCUCAACUACUCAAGGCUGCCACCAUCGAGAGACGGUCCAUGCCUCCCUCCAACUACAUCACACACACGGUCAGCGCUCCCAGCCUUCACGGGAAAACGCCUGAGGAGCUCACCCUCCUGCUCAUUCAGCUCCGAAGGCAUCAGGCAAAGAUGGCCGCCGCGCGCCACCACACGCUAACCCAGCUGCAGCACUUCAACUACACCCCUUCUGGCCCCCACUUCCUCACCACCAAAAACAACCCUCUCUUCUCCUCCGGCCCUUCUUAUCUGGGGCCCUUCCUAGGCCCCUCAGGCCCCAUGGGCCACGGCAGCAGCAGCCAGGUGGGGGCCCCCAGUACGCCUGGUCUUCUUUACCCCACCAAUGUUGACGAUACGUACAUGCAACUGAAGAAAGACCUGGAGUAUCUAGACUUGAAGAUCAAAAGUUUAGAGCCGUUCAUCCUCACGGCUCACAGUGUGCUACUGCACUGCACCGCCGGGCCUCUCGGGCCACUAUGGAACGUGGUUGGAAGUCAGACGUUGAAAGAAGCAACGAGACCUGUCAGAGUAGCCGAGAGUGACGUGGAUGUUAAACUCAGUCGGUUAUGUGAGCAGGACAAGACCCUGAAGGAUCUGGAGGUCCGGAUCAGCUCACUGAAGGACGAUAAGGACAAGCUGGAGUCGGUGCUGGACGUGUCCCACCAACAGAUGGAGCUGUACAGAGACCAGGCGACCCACCUGGAGAAGAUAGCCUACCAGCAGAGACUCCUACAGGAGGACGUGGUGCACAUCAGGGCCGAGAUCUCCAGCGCGUCCACGGAGAUGGCCCGGGCCUGGGAGGACUACAGCAGGCUGGAGAGCUCUGUGGAGCAGUUGAGGGCCGUGCUACAGGCACACAUGAACCACAGCGCCACCCCUCAGCAGGAGAAAACCGAGAUAAAGCGGGAGCUGUGGAGGAUAGAGGAUGUGAUGGCAGGACUGAGCUCCAGCAAAGCAAACUACAAGAUCACAAUCGACUCGGUGCAGAACCCAGAGAGGAAACUAGUGGCUUCAGUGUCGGACCCUGAGGUGCCUUCGCAGAGCGCGACGCCCCCCGUAGGGGAGGUUAGGCCCCCUCCUCGCAGCUCCUACACGCUGCCUCACAACCCCGUGCCAAAAUGGGCAGAAGAUGAGGCUCCUCCCAGACCACCCCUGCCCAGCCUCUACGAUUAUGAAGACCCGCCCCCCGCCAUCCCACCCCUCCCCAAAGAGGCGUCGGUGGUAGUACGACACACGUCGGUUCGCGGGCUCAAACGCCAGUCAGACGAGAGGAAGAGAGACCGAGAGAGCGGAGGGUGUGUCAACGGAGACUUUAAAGUGGAGCUGCGGUCAUACCUGAGUGAACCAGAACUGCCAGGGACGGGCCAGAGCAGCACAGGGUCUGAGGGGGGCUACCAGACCCUCCCAAACAAAGGUCUGUCGGGCUCAUCGCCGAGGCUGAACCAGUCCAGUAACAUCUCCUCCUACGUGACCCUGAGGAGAGGGGCGGCCGCCUCUGCAGAGACGGAGAGACCUAAGAGUGCUUUGGAGCAGCUCUACUCCUCUGGCCAGCAGCCCCAGCCUCUGGCCCAGGCCCCCCGGGGCCGCAUGAGCGCAGAGGAGCAGCUGGAGCGCAUGAAGAGGCACCAGAGGGCCCUGGUGCGCGAGCGCAAGAGGAACCUCAGCCAGGGAGAACGCCACUCCAACACUGCUCAUCGUACCUCCUCCACCAGGGCUCUCUCCUCCACUGACCUGGGCUCAUGGAGGCAAGAGCAGGAGGACUUUGAUUUGCAGCUGGAGCAGAAAGCUCAGGUGGAAGAGCGACAGGUUGCCGAGGGCCAGAGCGACGAGGGGCGGAGCGAGCUGAAGGAAAAGAGGAUCCAAUCAGACGAGUGGCUCUCGGUGAUGGCCAUGCCCAUGAGGGAGAUGGACAUGGAGCCCCUCGACUACGACCUGGAUCUCAGUCGUGAGCUUUCCAAGCCCCGAAAGGUGUCUAUCCCAGAGCGCUAUGUGGAGUCAGACCCCGAGGAGCCUCUGAGUCAGGAGGAGAUGGAGGAUCGUCAACGCAGAGCAGAACGCAUCAAAAACAUCCUGGCCAAAUCCAAUUUUCAGAACAUACACCCGUCGUCUGGCGUGUCUGUCCCACUGAACUUCACUGAUUUGGACUUAGCCAUGCAGCAGCAGGAGAGGAUCAUGACUGUGUCCCACGCCUUGGCCUCGGAAGCCUCCGUUAAAAGCAAGCAGUUCACAGCCAAAGCUCAGCUGAGCUCUGACUGACCGUUGACUAACAGACGCCAACAGGACCUCCGUGUGGAUGAAAACUGUGGAGUUCACUGACAAAAGUGAAGUGAUUUUGUAUUAGGCUUUUUAUUAGCGCUAAAACAAGAUGCUUUUUUAAAGAACCAAAAGGAGUUAUUUGAAACUGAGCAUUUGAAACCACACUGCGUGUACUUAAUGUUAAGGUUGAAUUGGAGUUGUUUUUACAUGCUUUUGCACUUUUAUGGCGUGUGUGUAAUUAUUAACACCUACUAGUUUUUGCAAUGGAGAAUAAUUAGCUGGUUUUUUGCAGUGUGGUCUAUAUUUUCAACAGAAAUUAAGUUCAAAGCAAUGUUUUCUAAGGUUGCAGAUAGGGAUAUUUAUUUUGAGUAAUUAAAGAACCUUGCACCAAAUGUUACUUUUUGUAGCUCAGCAAUGCAACCUAAUGCUUUGGCCAAUCAACUGUAUUGUGUCAUUUAAAAAGGAAAGAAACCAUACUGGUGUUUUAUUGAAAUAAAGGUUUUAACAAAACA